CCCUGACACCAAGAAUUUCACAGCAACAGUAGUGGUGGCUUAUUGUAUAUGUACUAUUAUUAUUUACUAAUUCCUAUUGUUAUUUACUAAUAAUAAUUUACUGUUAUCAUUUCCCAAUUUUGUCUCCAAACAAGGGUUUCCAUCUCUCCCUGACAUGAUGGUAUAAAGAUAUUUGUGCAGCUUCCUCAGACCCUCCGAGCAAAAAAGAGAGGAAAAAUAAAAUAAAAAAACUAUCUUCUCUGCUCUGCUCCAUCACCCAACCUUAUCUUCCUCAACCCAUCCCUCGUUUUACUUGCUUUCAUUUCAUAAGAAAAAUCAAAGAUUCACAAAAGCUCUCUAUUUUGGAAAACAUUUCCAGAGGGUUUGAAGAAAAAAUGCAGGGAGUUCUGCAGUCAAAGGGCCUUUUUUGUUUACCUUCAAACCCUAAGACCAGAGCUUUUCUCGCAAAACCCUCAUGUGAUUUGAGGCUCAGGUUCACCCCCUUAAACCCUCUAUCAAAAUCAAGCACACUCAAUCUCAAUAGCAAGCCAUCUCUUUUAUCCGUUAAUGGGUUCUCAAAGUCGCAAGGCUUUGUAGCAAAACCUCAAUCUGUCACUCAAAAAAAGCCCAGAAAUUAUCCUAUUUGUAGGGCUGAGGCUGCUGCAGCUUCACCCGAUGGACAAUCCUUGUAUGGAGCAAAAGAACAGCCAAAAUUUAUGGGCAUUGAGAUUGUGACCUUAAAAAAGAUAUUACCCCUUGGGAUGAUGUUUUUUUGCAUUCUGUUCAAUUACACAAUUCUGAGGGACACUAAGGAUGUCUUGGUUGUGACGGCGAAAGGUUCAAGUGCUGAGAUUAUACCUUUCUUGAAAACAUGGGUGAAUUUGCCAAUGGCUAUUGGGUUUAUGCUGCUGUACACUAAGUUGGCUAAUGUGUUGUCCAAAGAUGCUCUUUUUUACUCUGUUAUUCUGCCAUUUAUAGCCUUCUUUGGGGCAUUUGGGUUUGUGCUGUACCCUCUGAGCCAUUAUUUUCACCCCACAGCUCUUGCUGAUAAGCUUUUGAACAUAUUGGGCCCGAGAUUUCUUGGGCCACUUGCUAUUAUGAGGAUUUGGAGUUUCUGCUUGUUCUAUGUUAUGGCUGAACUCUGGGGCAGUGUGGUUGUGUCUGUUCUGUUUUGGGGAUUUGCUAAUCAGAUAACCACUGUUGAUGAAGCCAAAAAAUUUUAUCCCCUGUUUGGGCUUGGAGCAAAUGUCGCCCUCAUUUUCUCGGGCAGAACCGUGAAAUACUUUUCUCAGAUGAGACAAAACUUGGGUCCAGGUGUCGAUGGUUGGGCCAUAUCAUUGAAGGGGAUGAUGGGUAUUGUGGUGGGGAUGGGCCUCAUGAUUUGCUUCUUUUACUGGUGGGUGAAUCACAAUGUUCCUCUUCCGACACGUAGUUUGAAGAAGAAGGAGAGGGUGGAAAUGGGGACAGCUGAGAGCUUGAAGUUUUUGGCAUCUAAAAGAUACAUUAGAGAUCUUGCAACUUUGGUCGUAGCAUAUGGCAUCAGCAUUAACCUUGUUGAGGUUACGUGGAAAUCAAAGCUCAAAGCUCAGAACAUCUUCAGCAAGAGCGCCAAGUACAGCUUAUUUGACCCCUGCAAGGAGAUGGCCUACAUUCCUUUGGAUGAGGACACUAAGGUGAAAGGCAAAGCAGCAAUUGACGUGGUUUGCAACCCGCUUGGGAAAUCGGGAGGUGCAUUAAUCCAGCAGUUUAUGAUCCUAACAUUUGGGUCACUCGCGAAUUCGACUCCAUAUUUAGGAGGUGUCCUCCUUGUGAUUGUGCUUGCAUGGCUUGGGGCAGCCAAGUCAUUAGACACUCAAUUCACGGCUCUAAGACAAGAGGAGGAGCUGGAGAAGGAGAUGGAGAGGGCAGCCGUUAAAAUCCCCAUUCUGCCCUCAGAUGAGGCUGCCAGCAAGGACUCCCUCGGUAAUAGCUCCACGCUCGGGAACUCGUCUAUGUCCUAG